UAAAGAAUACGUUACGCGCUGCCAACAUUUACUUUUGUAGUUGUUCAACUUUGAAAAAAAAACUGAAUGUUGUUCAACCUUGCAAGAUUGCGGCGCGAAAUAUAUUUCUUUUAAAUGAAAACGAUUACUUUAUUGAAUAUAGUGUACAAACAAAACAGACACGCGUUAUUUUCUUGUUGUUCGUUAACUGUGUCAAAACGACUCGCAACAGGCCAGUAUCGAAACGACUCGUAACAAAUUAAUAAACUUAGUGAUAUGUGAAUGUGACAUUAACAAGUGAAAUUAGAGGACUUGUGACUAGAAAAAACUUUACAUUACAAAUUGACUUUAAAGUGUUUUAAUACAGGCACUUGAUCAAGAUGAGUUUCAAUAAGAACAACCCCAACCCCAUGGGGAAAAUAAUGGGAUAUCUCAAACAGCUCUCCACCGAAAUGGGAACCAGCGAACAAAGCCGCCGUGGGCAGCAAGACGAGGAACGAUUGUAUCGUUCCCGUGGCCCGAAAUACGCAAGAGUUCCAUCAAAGCCUACACUUUCCGCAUCAACAACCUGCACAUCUCUCGCAACGUCCUGCGGCUCUCAGGGGACACUUGUUCCUAACUACGCUACAAUUCCCGAGAUUGUAUCUACGGAGAGCAGUAGUGAGGACGAACAAGAUUCCUUCGAAAAAACCCGUCGUCAUUUCCAACAGCUUCGCCAAAUCAGUCUAGGCAACGAAUUCAAAUACAAAAUGGAGAUGGAGAUUAAAAGCGCUAAGGAAGAAAAUUUGCGCAAUUCUAUACCUUUUGUGAAGCAAUUGAGCACAGAGAGUAAUAGAGUCAAAACUGAUUACACAAUCAAUAGGGAGACCCAACCCUAUGGACCAACGACACAGCGACUCUACCUUUGGACCCAGAUCUUCGCUGCUUUUGCCGUAUCAAUGGGAUCUCUUAUUGUGGGCUUUUCAUCAGGCUACACUUCACCAGCACUUCCCAGUAUGAACAGAACUCUCACUAUUACAAAUGAAGAGAAUAGUUGGAUUGGAGGACUAAUGCCGCUAGCUGCACUGGUUGGCGGCGUCGCUGGUGGUCCCCUCAUUGAAUAUUUAGGAAGAAAAUUGACAAUUAUGUGCACAGCAAUGCCAUUCUUCUUGGGUUGGAUGCUUAUUGCGAAUGCCAUGAAUGUUUAUAUGGUUUUCGCUGGAAGAGCUCUCUGUGGAAUAUGCGUUGGAAUAGGAAGCCUUGCGUUCCCUGUCUAUCUUGGCGAAACAAUUCAACCAGAAGUCCGAGGAGCAUUAGGACUUUUACCUACUGCAUUUGGUAAUACAGGAAUACUUCUAGCAUUUUUUGCUGGAUCCUAUUUAAACUGGUCACAUCUAGCAUUCCUUGGCGCUGCUCUACCAGUUCCUUUCUUCUUACUAAUGAUCUUAACUCCCGAGACUCCGAGAUGGUAUGUCACAAAAGGACGAGUGGAAGAUGCAAGAAAAUCCCUGCAGUGGUUGAGAGGAAAGAAUAUAAAUACCGACAAGGAAAUGAGAGAUUUGACGCAUUCUCAAGCUGAAUCAGAUCUUACAUCUACUGGUAACGCCUUCGGACAGCUGUUUUCAAGGAAAUACCUACCGUCAGUUUUAAUUGCGCUUGGUUUGAUGCUGUUUCAACAAUUAAGUGGUAUCAAUGCUGUUAUAUUCUAUGCAUCGACAAUAUUUAAAAUGGCCGGUAGCACUAUUGAUGAGAACUUAUGCAGUAUAAUUAUUGGCAUUGUUAAUUUCAUAUCAACGUUCAUCGCUACUGCUAUUAUUGAUCGUCUCGGCAGAAAAAUGCUACUUUACAUGUCAUCUGUAUCAAUGAUUAUCACCUUAGUAGCAUUGGGAUCAUACUUUUAUGUAAGAGAAAUUGGAACUGAUGUCAGUAGCUACGGAUGGUUGCCUCUGGCUUGUCUGGUUAUUUAUGUAUUGGGAUUCUCCAUCGGUUUCGGUCCCAUUCCAUGGUUGAUGUUGGGAGAAAUCUUACCAUCUAGAAUACGUGGUACUGCUGCUUCAAUGGCAACUGGUUUCAACUGGACAUGCACAUUUAUCGUGACUAAAUCGUUCCACAACAUAAUUUCCGCAAUUAAUAUGUACGGCACAGUCUGGUUAUUUGCCGUAUUAUGUGUGCUUGGAUUAUUUUUCGUAAUCUUCUUCGUACCUGAAACUCGGGGUAAGAGUUUGGAAGAGAUCGAAAAGAAGCUGACCGGCGGUUCUAGAAGAGUCCGGAAUUUGAACAUCAACAAGCCAAUUCAAAAUGGUUGUUAAUUUAUAAUUUAAUCAUAUAAAUAAACCAGCGUAUAUAAACGCGUCAUACAUUCCUGAGUGCAUAGACUGUUUGCGCUACGCUGUCCGCUAAAUAAAUAUUAUUUGUAGAUAGAAAACGGGGGGGUUGAUUUGUGUGAUGAAUGAACUGGUAACGUGAUAUUUGUUCGUUGACUGAUUGAAAUUGUUGUUCGAAUCAAUGUUGAAAGACUGAUUUGGAUUGUAUUCAAUACAUAUACUUUGUAAAUAUGAUCAUUGUAUAAGUAAGAGAUAGUUCCUUUUAUAUUUACAAGAAAUCUAUAGCUUUUUAGAGGAUUAUAAUUAUCAAUGGAUAUAAUCGUUUAUAUUCAAUCGGCCCAGUACUUUUUAUGGUACGUAAUUAUUUCAACUCAAUAACGCAAUAGGUUAGUUUAAUUAUAUAAAUUAUUUUUGUAUCAAAUGAUCUGUAACUAAUACAUUAACGUUGAUCAUGACAAGAUAUAUUUAAAACCAAAUUAUAUAUAAUACAUAUUUUUGUGAUUUAGAAUGUAAACUACGAUAUAAGUAUUUAGUAAAUUUUUAGCUUAAGACUUCAUUUUAGCGUCACUUCGUAUAUUACGGAGGCCAUAUUUAUUUAAAAAUAAAUACAAAACUAACAAAUAUUUUUUAAAA